UGCGACUUCUCCUGUUUCUGGGGGAUCCGCUGCCUCGUCUGGCCGGAGAGGUCUCUCUUUUAGCUGGUGAACGGUCCCUCGUCCUGGCAGGUGACCUACACGAAGAACACAAAAAAGGACCGUAACGAUUUUAAGACAUUUGCAAAAUGCCAAAUUAUUGCCGUUUAGAUGCAGCUAAUAUGGGAUGUAGCUAGCUAGCUGCAUUUGGGCUAGCGGACAAAAUAAUUCCCAGCUUUUAAGGACUCACUGGCCAACGCGUAUGUUGUGUCUUUCAUGGUAAAAAACUAAAAACACAUGGGAAAAGCGAAGUGGUAUGAUCUUUUUUAUUAUUAUCUUUUAAUACCUGCUCGUUCUUCUCCUCUGUGGACUUGAGUUGCCGCUGGAUCUGGACCUCGAGCGCCGUGAUCUCUGUGGCCUAACAGGGCUCACCUGCUCCUGCUUUAUCUUAACUUUGGGCUCCCGUUCCGGAGACUCCCUUCUCUUGUGUCGCUUUUCUUUGGUCAUUCUAACGUGUAUAUAGUAAUCCAACCGUUAUGUAACAUCAAAGUCCGCCCAAAAGCAUGUACAAAACAAAGAGAAAACACAAAAAUGUAGCGAUUAAAAACUUCGACUGUUAUGCUCAAAUAACACACUUCCGUUUCCGGUGGUACGCCGAUAAUUUAUGCCGGUGUUCCAGCAUGACAGUAAUUUUUUUUUAGUUCCGCAUGACCGCGUCUCGGUAUCUUGAAUAAAGCCGAUGUUUAAAUUGACAGGAUUUUUUUUCACAACACAUAUUUGCAUUGUAAGGCGUAAAAGUGACGUAACAUUUAAAAUCACACCAAGUAAAAAUCCAGCAGCGCUUCAGCAGUCUUCUUUUGUUGCGCGGAUUAAGGGUCACCAAAAAUGAACAGUGCAACAACCACAGAGUUAACAUUUUUAUUUAUUUAUCUUUGACAACAGCCUACAUUUAUGAACCAAACCGCUGAUGCCACAAAAAGGAACGCCGGGACGCUGUUGCCAUGACAACGCAAACAGUAAGAACGAACUUUUUGUCAGCAACAACACCGAUAUUUCUAUAACUGAAGCCCAAACCAAGAAGCAAACACAAUGAUUCCGCCAGCCGAGUCUCUCCUGAAAUACGAAAAUCCAGUUUUGAUCAGCAAAAGCACAGACAGAAAAUCACCAAAGGGACGUCCUUUAAAGGUGAGCCCUCAGCAGCCUGCUAACUCCAACCCUGUUCCACCACCUCCUAAACCCAAAUCAGCCACUACUGAUGCCACCAAGCAGGAAAAUGAGGAGAUCCUGAAUGCCAUCCUUCCACCCCGGGAAUGGAUGGAGGGAAACCAACUGUGGGUGCAGCAAGUGUCCAGCGCACCUUGUACAAGAACAGAUGUUAUUCACCUAGAGGAACAGCUGGACAUAAAGCUGCAGCAAAGGCAGGCCAGAGAAACCGGGAUCUGCCCGGUCCGCAGGGAGCUCUAUUCCCAGUGCUUUGACGAGCUGAUCAGACAGGUGACCAUCAACUGUGCUGAGAGGGGUCUGCUGCUGUUGAGGGUCAGAGAUGAGAUACAAAUGACUAUCGCUGCCUACCAGACACUGUACGAAAGCAGCGUGGCUUUUGGAAUGAGGAAAGCACUGCAGGCUGAGCAGGGCAAGGCUGACAUGGAGAAAAGAAUCUCUGAUCAGGAGGAUGAGAAACAAGACCUGAUGAAGCAACUGAACGAACAGAAAGCUAAAUGUGAUGCCAUUGAAAAGAGAGAAAAUGAAAGGCGACAGGUGGAGGAAAAGAAGCACACUGAAGAGAUUCAGUUCUUGAAGAGAACCAACCAGCAGCUCAAGACCCAACUGGAAGGGAUCAUUACACCAAAGAAGUAACUUCGCCAAACAAGAUCUGAGUUGCCAUUUUCCAGUACAGAAUGUUACUAAAUUUGUCUUUUCUCUUUAAUAAUUAUAUUAAUGUAAACUUAACUGAGUGUAAUAAGCACAUAUUUUUAUUACAGCAUGGCAUGACAAGUACAGUUCAUACAACCGUACAUUUCUCUUUAACAUCAAGAGAGCAUUACACCUGUAAAUGAUGAAUGAAAUGUCAUUCAAAACCAGUUCUGGGUUGAGGGACAGUCAGGGCCAAGAUAAGGCAUCAAGUGGCCACAUGAUAAAAGACCAUUUAACACUUAGUUAGCAUUCCACCUUCUAUCAACUCUGCAUUUUCAAUAAAAAUCUGUCCUUUUUGGCUAGUUUAAAUAAAGAUUCAUUACAAACUUUA